UCAGCUACUUACUCUGAAAAGCUGAGGCCAAUUUUAAGACCAUUUUAUGAAAAGGAUUAAUUUAAAGAGAAGCAUGUUUAAUUUUAGUAGCUAAUUGGUUUCCAGGAAAAAAAAAAAAAAGAUCACCUGCCAGGAGACAAAAAAGAUUUUACAAAUAAAAGAGCGAUGAAUAAGAUAACCAUCUUCUCUUUGCCUUCGAAGCUGAAUAGCUCAGCACUUACGUAGCACUUUCCACCUUCAGGAACCCGUACGAACACUAUCAAAAGGUGUGUACCUCAAUAUCUUCUCCUCUAGAGAGACUUGCAGAUUUUAUCAAAUCUUCUCAGAGAAAUCAAGAACCGUGUUCCCACACUACAUGAAUGGCACUUCCCCUCACCUCGUUUUAUGGCUGAUUAUGGGGAGGGGAGGGUUCUUUUUAUUAUAUGUAACAGAACAUGAAUGCAGUCAAAGAGAUAGGAAAAAUAUUUACUCAGCUGCAGGAACGCAAAGCAGAAUGUGGAGGGUGAGGGGCAGCUUUUCCCCAGUUAUCUGUUAUGGAGGCAGAGGGGAUUUAAACCAGGGAGCCCUGGGGGGUGGGGGGGCAGUGUCUUCCAGAUGUCUAUGUGGGCCAGGGGUGGCAAAGCCCUUCCAACCACAGUCCUGCCAACAGAGGGCGCUCAGAGGUCAGCACCCACCGGCUGACCUGCUGGCCCCUAGGCCCGCACAGCUGCAGCCUGCAACCUGAAGGAGUGUGGGAAGCACGGGGAGAACGAAUAAGGGCAAAGCCCUGUGGCUGCUCUGGCUCUCGGAGGAGGUUGUCCCGGUCUGAAGCAGCUGGAGGUUGGGGAACUGUACCUUUCCUGUUCGUAUCCAGUGGAGAACCUGAGCUGGAGUCCCCAGUUUUGUGUGUGAACAAGAUGGAGGCUGAUCUGUCUGGCUUUAACAUUGAUGCUCCCCGUUGGGACCAGUGCACUUUCCUGGGGCGGGUGAAGCACUUCUUCAAUAUCACAGACCCUCGCACUGUCCUGGUACCAGAGCGGGAGCUGGACUGGGCCAAGGUGAUGGUGGAGAAGAGCAGGAUGGGUGUUGUGCCCCCAGGCACCCAAGUGGAGCAGCUGCUGUAUGCCAAGAAGCUGUACGACUCAGCCUUCCAUCCUGACACCGGGGACAAGAUGAAUGUCAUCGGGCGGAUGUCCUUCCAGGUCCCUGGUGGCAUGAUCAUCACGGGCUUCAUGCUCCAGUUCUACAGGACGAUGCCGGCUGUGAUCUUCUGGCAGUGGGUGAACCAGUCCUUCAAUGCCUUAGUCAACUAUACCAACAGGAAUGCAGCUUCCCCUACAUCGGUCAGGCAGAUGGCCCUUUCCUACAUCACAGCCACAACCACCGCGGUGGCCACUGCUGUGGGCAUGAACAUGUUGACAAAGAGAGCUCCACCCCUGGUGGGCCGCUGGGUGCCCUUUGCCGCUGUGGCUGCUGCUAACUGUGUCAACAUCCCAAUGAUGCGACAGCAGGAACUCAUCCAGGGCAUCUGCGUGAAGGACGGAAAUCACAAUGAGAUUGGUCAUUCCCGGAGAGCUGCGGCCAUAGGCAUCACCCAAGUGGUCAUUUCUCGGAUCACCAUGGCAGCCCCUGGCAUGAUCUUGCUGCCAGUCAUCAUGGAAAGGCUGGAGAAGCUGCGUUUCAUGAAGAAAGUCAAGGUCCUGCAUGCCCCGUUGCAAGUUCUGCUGUCGGGGUGCUUCCUCAUCUUCAUGGUGCCAGUGGCCUGUGGACUCUUCCCACAGAAAUGUGAAUUGCCAGUUUCUUAUCUGGAACCAGAGCUCCAAGACGCCAUCAGAGCCAAGUAUGGAGAACUUGUGCCUUAUGUCUACUUCAAUAAGGGCCUCUAAAUGCCCCACCCCAGUAAGGACCAGUCUGUGCCCAUAUUCACCAGCUCCUCAGCUGCUCUGUAUACCUGUCCCCUCAUUCCUCUGCCCACAGGGCCUGAAGGCCAGGGUGGAUUUGGGAGGUGGGGAGCCUCGUGUUUUCACCCAGGCUUAUUGGACUCCAGAGGAUAAAAGUGAACAAGGGGAGCAAAAGCCAAGUCUUCUAUCUGUUCCUCCCUUAACCACCAUCCCCUGGAGACCAGGAGCUGAGACCCCCUGAGGGAGAUACUCAGACCAUUUGGAAAAAUUAGGAAACUUUGGGGAUUCUAGUUCCAGCCAGGACUGGGGAAGAGCCCCUGGGACAAAAAGAUGCUCUUACUCCUCUUCUCUUCCUCCUCAUCUUGUCUCAUGCUAGGAAACUUUUUACCCUUGCAAUUCUAGCCAACUCAGGAAGGGAGGGGAAGAAGCCUUUGCCAACGUGGGGCUCUUCUCUGUUCUUUCUCAUUCUCGUCCCCAGUGUCCCCUGGUCAGAAAGCAUCUUUGGGAGUGCUGCUAAACUUGAGAUAGUCAGGCCGUUUCAUGAGGCAGCAAAGUUUCAUGGUGCUUUAAGCCCUGUCUAUUGACACUGACUUUGAUCUCCUAAUGCUAAAAUCAUGUCUGAUUUUGCUUCUCUGUGUUUGAAAAAUAAGUCCACUAACUGUGAGUAAAAAGAAUAUAUGUAGGCAUUAACAGCACAUUUUAAUGGGUAUGUUUUCCUAGCUGCCUCCCUUCUCAGCCCAUUGGGUUAAACACCAAAGACUAGUGUGUUCUGAAUAGGAAAGAUAAGUUUUAUUUGGAUACCUCUGAGAAGUAACCAACCAGGACCAAAGAGCCUUAAAGGACACACAGCAAAGUGCAGCCAUUUGCCCGUCCCAUCUUGGCUGCUGUAGGUGACUUUUCAGGCUCGGGGUGGGGUGGGGGUGGAAGGAGACCAUUGUGGCUUACGAGGGAUCAAUGUCUGUCUGAGUUUCAUCUAGUAGAAUUUCCUGACUGUUCAAAGGAUAUCACUGUGAAUCAAAUAAAUUUCUUGAAAGAGUGUAAUGAA